AUGGUGCUCAAUAUCUGGUUUUCUGUAUGCGCCAUGGCUGGCGCCGUAACAGGAAUCGGUAAAAGGCCUGCUGAACUGGCUAGAUCGGCUGAGAUCGAGGCACCUCUUUUGGCAGCCUAUGUCUGGGUGGCGACCAUCGCGAGGAUCUCGAUCGCAUUGACUACCCUCCGAAUAACCAGUCGACGUCGUGAUUCGGCGGUCAUGUACACUGUGAUUACUCUAGCUGGGCUGAUUGGGGCUGCCUUCUGGCUUGUUCUUACCCUGCAAUGUCAACCGAUCCGAAAAUUCUGGCAUCCUAGCGAACCCGGCGGCUGCCUACAAAUCAGGACCUUCACGUGCAUCGAGGGACGAAACUGGCAGCAAUGGCCAUUCUUAGCAUGGGAUGCCUGUGCGGCCGUUAUAGCCCGCAUCCCCUAUAUCCAUGAGAUGCCUGGAACCAAAGGAGCCGGCUUUCUGUAUGCGACAAGCAGUAUUGCUUUGACCUCCAUUCUCGAGGUUGGGCUAGGAAUCACUGCUGGUAGUUUGAUCACUCUACGGCCGCUACUGCGCUGGUUCCGUAAUCGCAUUCAUGGAGUCUUUCAGAGAAGGAGUCCAGGACUUGAAAGCGGUCUAAAUGAGUUUCAAUCCAACGACCAGGCUACAGUCGCCACAGUCUGCACUGUGUAA